CCCGGGUCCCGCCCCCUAAUGCUGUGCUGUGUCUGAGAGCCUGGACACGAGAUCCAGAAUGGCUUCUUUUGGAUGGAAGAGGAAGAUAGGGGAGAAGGUAUCAAAGGUGACCAGCCAGCAGUUUGAGGAGGAGGCUGCAGAUUUGACUGAGAAUGUGGAGGGUGAUUGGCAUCAUACCAUUAAACGCAAAAAGGAAGUACUCCUUGAGGAUAACAUUGUGAAAAGUAAAAGGUUAAAAGAAGAGGGAAUAACGAUGGCUCAAAAUGGAAGACACUUGGAAGCAGUAAAACAUUGGGAAGAAGCUAUACACUUAACUCCAGAAGAUGCAACCUUAUAUGAAAUGAAAUCUCAGGCACUCAUGUGUCUGGAUGAAAUAUUCCAAGCAGUGCAAGCCGCUGAGACAGCAGUACAACGGGAUCCACACUUUGUUGAGGCCUGGCAGACUUUGGGUCGAGCACAGCUUGGAUUAGGAGAAAUUACAAUGGCAAUUCGAAGCUUCCAAGUUGGAAUACACCUUUACCCAGCAAACAGCGAAUUAUGGGAAGAAGAUCUCACAUGGGCCCUGAAACUACUCCAACAGAAGAAAGUAGCUGGGAAAGCGGAGAAAAUAAAAAUUAUUAGCAAAGAAAUCAAUACCGAGCAGGAAUUAAUCCCUGACUAUGACUUUGAAAGUGAUGAGGUGGUGGUAGCCUGUGCGGCCAUUGCACAGCAACAGAAACUAUUGGCAAAUAAUAUAGGAAUAGUUGUGUCUGCGUCCGGAUCAGUGACAAAGGGUGGGCAGAAUAUCAGCGAGCAAGCCAGCGAUGAAACUGAAACCCUUAUCAAAGCGCGAUAAGUUAAAGAACUUAAAGCUUUUAUGUUUUCAAAUUCAUUUUAUUAGCCUCUGAACAGCUUGUAUUUUUGCGGCAACUACACAGAUGUAACAGCUUGUAACCAAACCAGAUAUACCUAGUUUUAGAAAAGAAUAUUAAAAAAAACUACAACAUAACCCUUUAUUCGUUUUCUUGGCACCUUCAUAUCUACUUUACAAUCGAGUUAAUUGUAAGAAUGUGUUGGUGGGCAUUGCAUUACAAGUCAUGCUUAUUAACCCCUUCGUAACCAGUGACGGGUCCGGAUUGUCACUAUAACAAAGACUUUGUCUAAGCUUAAAAGGUGACUCCAGACCCCUAAACAAUUUUAGCUUGCUGGAAAGCUUUAUGUGUGAAGUGUGU